CCGCCCCCCGGAUGCCCGCAGCCGCCGGGCUCUGCAGUGCCGCAGCCCCGGCCCGGCCGGCCCGCCGCGGGCCGCCCGCCGGCUCGCCAGGGCGCAGCGACGAUGGGAGGGUCGCAGUCCCUGCAGCCCGUGCCCACCAGCGACCUGAGCCUGGAGGCUUCCGAGGCCAUGAGUUCUGACUCUGAAGAAGCGUUUGAGACCCCGGAAUCCACGACCCCCGUCAAGACCCCACCUGCCCCACCCCCACCACCGCCAGAGGUUGUGCCAGAGCCUGAGGUCAGCACACAGCCGCCCCCGGAAGAACCAGGAUGCCCCGCUGAGCCCGCGCCCGCCGUCCCCGCUGCCGACGUCCCCCGCUGCAGCUCCGUGGAAGGCAGCCCCUUCCGGCCCCCGUCACACUCCUUCUCCGCCGUCUUCGAUGAGGACAAGCCCAUAGCCAGCAGCGGCACCUACAACCUGGACUUCGACAGCAUCGAGCUGGUGGAUCACUUCCAGAGCGCAGAGUCGCGCACGUCGGACCCCAAGAGUCCGGAGUGCAAAGCCGGCGCGAGGCGGAAGUCUUCCGACUCGGUGCCCGUCGCCAAAGCCACCUUGUCCCGCUCACUCAGCCUGCAGGCCGGUGAGUUCGAUGGUGCUUCUUGCUCAGAUAGCGCCGAGACCCCGGCCCCAGAGGCCUCGAGCACCAGCAACGCGUCCAGCACCCUCAAGCGAACUAAAAAGCCCAGGCCACCUUCCUUAAAAAAGAAACCCGCCUCAAAGAAGCCCACGGACACGCCCCCGCUGAAGGAGACCCCACCGGGGCCAGCCGAAGAGCCCCUGGUCCCUGGGGAGGAGAGCUUGGCCCCCGAGGCGAACGUGGAGUCAGCCAAGACGGAAGAUCCCGCACCAGCCUUUGCAGACGAGGCCGCCCUCGAACCCGCCGCCGUGCCCCCGGCCGCCUGCCCCCUGGACUCCGAGGGCCCCGACGAGGCCGGCCCGCCUCCUUCUGGAGGAGGCCGGGUGCAGAACUCGCCCCCCGUGGGCAGGAAGCUGCCACCUCCGGCCGCUGCUCCAGAGGCCGAGGCGGAGACCCCAGCAGAGAGUGGGGGUCCCGAGGACCCCCCGGCUAAAGGCCUCUCCGUGAGGCUGGAGUUUGACUAUUCAGAGGACAAGGGGAGUUGGGACAGCCAACAGGAAAACCCCCCUCCUACCAAAAAGCUCGGCAAGAAGCCGGUUGCCAAAAUGCCCCUGAGGAGGCCCAAGUUGAAGAAGCCUCCAGAGAAGGUGGACACGGCGGCCCCCGCCUCGCCCAGCCGCUCCCCCGCCGAGAAGGUGGACGCCGCGCCCCCCUCGCCCACCCCCGCCUCGCCCAGCGACAUCCCCAUGGCCAAAGGUACUUACACCUUUGACAUCGACAAGUGGGACGACCCCAACUUUAACCCUUUCUCUUCCACCUCGAAAAUGCAGGAGUCCCCCAAACUGCCCCAACAGUCCUAUAGCUUUGCCCCUGACCCCUGUGAGGAGGCUGCGGACCCUCUGAAGCCACCCUCCAAGCCCCCCGGCUCGCCCUCGAAGACCCCGGCCUCCUUUGAGAUCCCGGCGAGCGGUGGGGAUGCCAAUGGCGUGGACGGGGACGGGCUGAACAAGCCCGCCAAGAAGAAGAAGACGCCCCUGAAGACUGACACAUUUAGGGUGAAAAAGUCGCCGAAACGGUCUCCUCUGUCUGACUCGCCUUCUCAGGACCCCACGCCAGCGGGCACCCCAGAAGCACCCCCCGUCAUCUCUGCGGUGGUCCACGCCACCGACGAGGAGAAGUUAGCCGUCACCCACCAGAAGUGGACGUGCGUGACGGUGGAGCUGGACGCAGACAAGCAGGACUACCCGCAGCCCUCGGACCUGUCCACGUUUGUGAACGAGACCAAGUUCGAAUCCCCCUCGGAGGAGCUGGAUUACAGAAACUCCUACGAAAUUGAAUACAUGGAGAAAAUCGGCUCCUCCUUACCUCAGGACGAUGACGCCCCCAAGAAGCAGGCCUUGUACCUUAUGUUCGACGCGUCUCAGGAGAGCCUGGUCAAGCCCCCCGCUGUGCGGAUGUCGGAGCCCCCUACGCCGUGCUCAGGGUCCAGUUUUGAGGAGACGGAAGCGCUGGUGAACGCCGGGGCGAAGGUCCAGCAGCCGGUGGCCCGAGCGCUGGCCCCCGGGCAGGAGGCCCACCUGCAGGUGCCCGACAAGCCCUCCCAGAAGGAGCUGGAGGCCAUGGCGCUGGGCGGCACCUCGGAGGCCAUGGACACUACCGCUCCCGAGGGCGCCUUUGCCUCUGCUGACGCCCUCCUCAGCAGGCUGGCCCACCCCGCCUCUCUCUGUGGCGCGCUUGACUAUCUGGAACCCGACUUAGCAGAAAAGAACCCCCCAGUAUUUGCCCAGAAACUGCAGGAGGAGCUAGAGUUUGCCGUCAUGCGGAUCGAAGCCCUGAAGCUGGCCCGGCAGAUUGCCCUGGCCAACCGCGGCCGCCAGGACGCCCCCAAGAGGGAGGCUGCCCACCCCACAGAUGUCUCCAUCUCCAAAACGGCCUUGUACUCCCGCCUCGGAACUGCAGAGGUGGACAAGCCCGCGGGCCUUCUCUUCCCGCAGCCGGACCUGGACUCAGCGCUCCAGAUGGCCAGGGCAGAGAUCCUAACCAAGGAGAGAGAGGUCUCUGAAUGGAAGGAGAAAUAUGAAGAAAGCCGGCGGGAAGUGAUGGAAAUGAGGAAAAUCGUGGCUGAGUAUGAGAAGACAAUCGCUCAGAUGAUCGAGGACGAGCAGCAGGAGAAGUCGGUGUCCCGGCAGACGGUGCAGCAGCUGGUUCUGGAGAAGGAGCAGGCGCUGGCCGACCUCAACUCCGUGGAGAAGUCCCUGGCCGACCUCUUCCGCAGAUACGAGAAGAUGAAGGAGGUCCUGGAGGGCUUCCGCAAGAAUGAAGAGGUGCUGAAGAAGUGCGCCCAGGAGUACCUGUCGCGGGUGAAGAAGGAGGAGCAGCGCUACCAGGCCCUGAAGGUGCACGCCGAGGAGAAGCUGGACAGGGCCAACGCCGAGAUCGCUCAGGUCCGUGGCAAGGCCCAGCAGGAGCAGGCCGCCUACCAGGCCAGCCUGCGGAAGGAGCAGCUACGGGUGGACGCCCUGGAGAGGUCACUGGAGCAGAAGAACAAAGAGAUAGAAGAACUCACCAAGAUCUGCGACGAGUUAAUCGCCAAGAUGGGCAAAAGCUAACUCUGGCGCCGGUUGUCGGGACUUGAGUGUCGGGCGGGCAGUGGGCACGCGGGCACCGCCCCGUCACCGGCCGCGGGCAGGCGCCCCCUCCGUACGUACUACUGUUCUUCUCUGCAGCCACCUGGCCGUGCCGGAGCUCGGACGCUGGUCCCGAGUUCGCGCCGGCGGUGUGCGUCUCCUGGGUCUCCUCAGAGCAGGCUGGCCGCAGGCUCCCUCGGGGAGAGGGCGUCCACGGGACGGGACACACAUCGCCACUGGACCUUGCUUGCCCUUCGUCCACCAGUUCCCGGGCGAGAAGCUUCUGGAUUUCAUACCCACACGGACAGCCGGCACGGGGACUCUUGCCUUAAGGAUUGUGCACUUGAUCUGCAUUUACUGAUUUGUUAAAAAAAAAAAGAAAAGCGAACGCAUGUUUCCAAUAAAAUUCUCUAUUGUAAAUAAAUGUUUUUUCUUUGGA